UCCCUCUAAAAUCAGUUCUCUUGGAAUAGUCAAGGACCAAGUAGAAGCUACUGCGCCUGUGCUCAGGUGAGAGCCGACAGCUCCUCCCUGCUAAAUGCAUAGGUUUCUUCCCCAAGUCUGUUUUGCAAUAGAAGAGCUGUCACUGUGAACAGGUGGAAAAGAAGUAGUGCCUGUCUGCGUGUUCCUGUGGCUGCAGCUGGCUCAGGCAUAGCAGACAAGACAGCAGGAAGAAUUUAUCUUCAAAGGCCAGAAACAUGCACUGUGCCAUCCUAAAGGCAGAAGCAGUGGACGGGGCUCAUCUGCUGCAGAUCUCUUGGCACGAUGGGGCAGAGUCCCUCUACCCAGCAGUGUGGCUGAGAGACAACUGCCAGUGUUCAGAAUGCUACCUGCAUUCUGCAAAAGCUCGGAAACUUCUCCUGGAAGCUCUCGACGUGAACAUUAGAAUCAAAGACUUAUCAUUUGACCGGAAAAAGGUUUAUAUCACAUGGCCCAAUGAGCAUUACAGUGAAUUUGAAGCAAAUUGGCUGAAGAAAAGAUGUUUUUCCCAACAGGCCAGAACAAGACUCCAAGAAGAACUGUUUUUACCAGAAUGCCAAUAUUGGGGCUCGGAGCUUCAGCUGCCUACUCUGAAUUUUGGAGAUGUUUUAAAAGAUGAUGAGCAUGCAUACAAAUGGCUCUCUAGCCUCAAGAGAGUAGGCAUUGUGAGACUCACUGGAGCAGCUGACAAAUGUGGAGAGAUCACAAAACUUGGGAAAAGGAUUGGCUUUUUGUACCUAACAUUCUAUGGACACACUUGGCAAGUGCAGGACAAGAUUGAUGCCAACAAUGUGGCUUAUACAACUGGGAAGCUCAGCUUCCACACUGACUACCCAGCCCUCCACCAUCCACCUGGGGUUCAGCUUCUGCACUGUAUAAAGCAAACAGUCACAGGUGGCGAUUCUGAAGUUGUCGAUGGGUUUAAUGUGUGCCAAAAGCUCAAGGAGAAGAAUCCUCAGGCAUUCCACAUUCUGUCUUCCACCUUUGUGGAUUUUACAGACAUUGGAGUGGAUUACUGUGACUUCUCUGUGCAAUCUAAGCACAAGAUUAUAGAGUUGGAUGAUAAAGGCCAAGUAAUUCGCAUCAACUUCAACAAUGCAGUCAGAGAUACAGUCUUUGAUGUCCCCAUUGAAAGAGUUCAGCCUUUCUACUCUGCUCUGAAAGAGUUUGUGGACCUCAUGAACAGCAAGGAAUACAAGUACACCUUCAAGAUGAAUCCAGGUGAUGUGAUUGUCUUUGACAACUGGCGCUUGCUCCAUGGACGUCAUAGCUAUGAGGCAGGAACUGAGAUAUCCCGUCAUCUGGAAGGAGCUUAUGCUGAUUGGGAUGUAGUGAUGUCAAGGCUUCGUAUUCUAAGACAGAAGGUCAAAAAUGGAAACAGAGCUGAGCAGUGGUAGCACAUGCCUUUAAUCCUAGACUUGGGAGGCAGAGGCAGAGAUGAAUCUCUGUGAGUUCCAGGCUAGCCUGGUCUACAAGAGCUAGUUCCAGGACAGGCUCCAAAGCUAAAUAGAAACCCUGUCUCGAAAAACGAAACCAAAAAAAAAAAAAAUAAUAAUUGGGAAAUGAAUUUCCUGCCCUUAAAUUUUAGUGCAAGUUCAAUAACUGAAUGUUACUUGCUAUAGCCUGGUUAUUCUCAUAUCAUGAUCAGCCUCAUUUACAUAUUAAUUUCUUUAAAUCUGAACCUGCAACGUCUCUCUUCAAAGUAUUUUUCCUUGUAAUCCUAUUCAGUGUCAACUUGUUAGAUGCCAUGAAAGGGAGCUUUCUUAAAGCAUUCCUCCUGUGGCAUGUAUGUUCUCAUUUCCUUUGCCUUCACAAGUGUCAGCAGAACAUCUGCUGGUAGUUUUGUAUCAACCAAAUCUUUCUGAUAAAUAAAUAUAUAUAUAUAAAGUUUUGUUUAAAUAAAAGGUCUUAAAAACA